CCCAGCUCUAUCACGCCUUCAACAAUUUUGUUUGUCAUUCCGCUCGGCAGAAAUAAAACUUAAGUUAUUCUCGUGAAUUUAGUGGAAAUAAAGAGAACAAACAAUGGAUUUGGAUAAUGCACGCGAUCUGCCACGUCCUGGCUUCAAUUUCGAUAACUGCAAGCGCAAUGCGACUCUCUUGAAGGGGGGCUUCAAGCCACCGACCACCACCAAAACCGGCACCACCAUCGUUGGCAUUAUCUUCAAGGAUGGCGUUAUCCUGGGCGCCGAUACGCGUGCCACCGAGGGACCCAUCGUCUCGGACAAGAACUGCGCCAAGAUCCAUUACCUGGCCAAGAACAUAUACUGCUGUGGAGCUGGAACUGCUGCGGACACCGAGAUGACCACGGAUCUGAUCUCCUCCCAGCUGGAGCUGCAUCGCCUGCAAACUGAGCGCGAGGUGCGUGUGGUGGCCGCCAACACGAUGCUGAAGCAGAUGCUCUUCCGCUACCAGGGUCACAUCAGUGCCGCCUUGGUGCUCGGUGGAGUGGAUAAGACCGGACCACACAUCUACUCCAUUCACCCACACGGCAGCUCGGAUAAAUUGCCAUAUGCCACCAUGGGUUCGGGUUCCCUGGCCGCCAUGACCGUGUUCGAGAGUCGCUGGAAGCCCGACAUGUCCGAGGAGGAAGGCAAGAAGCUGGUACGCGAUGCCAUCGCCUCUGGAAUUUUCAACGAUCUGGGCUCAGGGUCCAAUGUCGAUUUGUGUGUGAUCCGCAAGGGCAGCGUCGAGUAUCUGCGCAACUACGAGCUGGCCAACAAGAAGGGCGAACGCCAGUUGGACUACCGCUUCAAGAAGGGAACCUCAUCCGUGCUGCACACCACCGUCAAGGAUCUGCUCAUCACCGAACGCGUCCAGGUGGUGCCAAUGGAGACUUCUUAAAGUGAUUCCCUUUUCUACCUUUUCGUACAUUUAUUAUCUUAGAGCUUUGGCUGGAUCUACUUGGAGUGGUUCAAUAAAGGAAGCCACGCUUCAACUCAA